UUGAAUUGUAGGAUAAUUCCUCAAUUGUAUAACAUCUUUAUAAAAUGAGGAUAAAAUGGUUUUGUGUCAGUCGUUGGUUCCGAGUGCAAGGAAGCAGUAACUUGAAUUCGACUAUCACCCGAAAGACAUCUGUUCAAUAUCAGUUCUUCAAGACAUUGAAUAUAAUGAAGACUUACUUAGCACUGUGCCUAUGCUUGUCGGCGCUGGCGUGUAUAGCAUUUUGCGAAUUUCCAAACGAUGCAUUGAUUAACUUACAGACGCAGGUUUGCACAAUUGCCGGUGGAACUCAGCAGACAACAAGCUGGUUUGCUAAUGAAGAAUCAAUCUUGAUUGAGAAGUUGAUGAAUGGAAUACCGCAGUCCCUUGUUCAGGUUGUGCAUGACCACGUCAAUACCCGGUCAUAUUUUCACCGUUUCGUUACCAAUGAGUGUUUCGUUACAGGACAGCUCUUCAAUCCAACGGCAGGAUCCAUUUACGAGCUUCAACUUAACAACAACGUGGGCAAUAUCCAACCACCUGCAGGUUCUGUAGCUGCCAGCGUGUGUGCGAAUGGAGUCAGUGGUGCUGUUGCAAUUCAGCUAACCAAUCCUAGUCCCGUCCAGAAUCGAUAUGUUUUCUGUGACGGUUACGAACUUCGCUUCCCAUAAAACUACUGACAUGUCCUGAUGGGUGAUGUGCCGAACUGCCAUCUUAACUAAUACUCAGAUAUUGAUAAUAAUCGUAAACAUUAAUGAAAUGUUAAAAUGAAUAAUACAGCAACAGCAUAGAAUUUACAGAGAAAGGAGAAUUUGUCUGGCGAACAAUUCUAAUUACAGAACAUUUUUUUUUUAAGUUCAAAAAAUACUGCUUCGUAUAAAGAUGAAAAGAAGAAUCGUUUCCCUCUUCAAAAAAAACAAACCCCAAAACAAAACAAAACAUAAAUGCUUGAUAGUACCUGCAAUAAUUAAAAGCUUUUUCUGAUUAUGUGAUUUAUUGAAAAUUAUGUGGUUCUAUUAAAUCAUCAAUUCAAAGUUUUCUUUGAUUAUCUUAUGGGUUCUUAUUUUUUGGGUGGCAUAUAAUAUCUUUAUCUUUACAUUUAAAUUUUAUUCUCAAGUCGAACCACUAAACUCGAUUUUAAAUAUUUCUAAUGCAAAUUAUUUUUCAUUAUAGGCCUACUGUGAAAGUAUGAUUAAUGAAACAACGGAGUUGCAAAUUAAAAUGAAAUUUUAAAAAAA